CAAUCAUUGAAACCAUAUUAAGGUUUGAGAUUUGAACACUUGGACAUUGAAAGCCAAAGUCCGGCGUGGCGGGACUGUACAAAAUUGCAAGGUUCAAACCUGAUAAUGGACCAGAGUCUUGAGGAUAUUAUCCAACAGAAGCGCAUCAGAGUAACUAGAGGUAGAGGUCGUGGACGCGGUCGCGGUGGCGAAUCUUUGCGAGGUGUCCGUCGUGGUGGAGUUGCGCGACGAAACACAAAUGGAUUGUCACGAGCCUUACCUGACAAAUGGCAGCACGAUAUGUUCCAAGAUGGUCGUAGCCCCAAAGGAUCUGUUAAUACAGGUGGAAAUGCUACGAGGCUGCACAUUUCAAACCUGGACUUCGGUGUUAACAAUGACGAUAUAAAUGAACUUUUUCGGGAGUUUGGUGCAAUUCGGAAGGCUACCGUCCAUUAUGACAGGAGUGGUCGUUCUCUUGGCACCGCAGAAGUCGUAUUUGUGAACCCUCUUAGUGCAACUAAAGCCAAAAAUCACUACAAUGGUGUACCCCUUGAUGGACGUCCAAUGGUCAUUCAGUUGGUCGGUGCAGGUUAGUCAACACUCAGUCAGCCACGUCGACCAGGAAAUCACUUCCGUAGCAACUGUUGACUUCGUUACCAUUCAGUGAUGUUCCACCUUCUUUGGGAAGAUAGUGCUUCCAUACUGACGUGCUGCCAGUAUAUGUUUUUGUUGUUUUCUAUUGCUGGAAUGUCUAAAUCUUAUAAUUCGUGGUGUUACCAACUAUGGAGCAAAUCCACUUACUCUCGGGGAUUUCCGUCUGCAUCAUUUUCAAAUGGUUGGACAUUGGCGAGGAACGUAGUGGAAUUCUCCGUUGUCUCGAGGUUCUGGUAUUACCAUAAUCAUGGGCAGGGAGGUUUCCUUAGUUUUUCUUUGUUUUGUGGGUGUGAUUGGGUGUUGUCACAUGAGAACACUUGAUGCCUACCAUAUCAUGUGUUCUGCAGAAAUUUCUGCCAGAAGUGUAAAGGAUAAUUGAGCCUAAAGUUUUAUAUUGGUACUAACGAACCUGAACCAUGCAUAUAAUGAACUGAAGUUAAAUUUCAUUUCAAUAAUAAUGGCAACAGUUUUGAUGUUAUUAAAGACUCACUAAUUGACGCGUAUUUUAUUCCUCAAGCUGUUGAAACUGCUGUAACAUCACGUCCUCGUGUUACUCGCCCUCGUGGUUCACCGCUUCGUCGGGGUUUCGGACGUGGUCGAGGUCGUGCACGUGGUCGCGGAAGAAUUCAGAAACCUACAGUUACUAAGGAAGAAUUAGACGCACAAUUGGCUGCUUAUAAUGCCCAGGUAAUUCGUACACCAUUAUUACUAAUUUUCCAAGUUUGACUCCUAAGAAUGUAAACCUGCUUCAAUUUGUCCUGGUUUAUCUGACUCAUUAAGCAUCUAGACGAAAGUAGCUGUUUAGUUGUUAUCUGCCAAUUAUUCUUCUAAUUAUAAGCGCCUAAACGAGUGCAGAAUAGGUUAUCCCUUACAUGGGUCCUGAAGUGUUAUUACUGUGGUUACACUUGAGCUGGAAACAUGGACAUUAGUGCGAGUACUCGGUUCCCAAGUGAUGAUAUGCAACUUGACCAGGGCUUUGGAUUCUCUCCAUACCUGAUAAUUAUCUAUCUAGACGUCAGGAAAAUGUAAUUUACUAGGUAUAUGAUUGAUGCUUCCCUGUUGGGUUCGUAAAGUUCAAAUUCUCUUGUCGAUCAGUACGUAGUGAAAUGAUUUAAGAAGUCCUUCAAGUAUAUUAUGUUAUCGAUGCAGUUGUCAUAUAUCUCGAUCCACUGAUCGAUCUGAGUCAUGUUAAAAGGUAGACUACUCGGUUGGUACUUUAUACUUGUAAUCAAUGGCCGUAGAUGCUAACUGACAUGAUCCUAAAACCAGUCGUAGUUUCGAAGCUGCAUUCGUUCCCUGUCCUCCAAAUCAUUGGUUAAGUAUCAUCCCUAGAUGUCCAGUCCAACUAUUAAGAUGUUACUACGUAAGUUUGGCUUAGAGUUAAAACACGAUCUUGUUCUAAUUUGUUUGUUAAUUAUUUACUUAGAACUUUCACAUUCUUUGUUUAGCUCUGUUUUCAAAUUUUACUGUGUUAUCUGUUACGUGGUAGGGCUAUUUUUCAAAAUUACUGGUUUAUCGCUUUGGUGCAAUCUACUUGCUUCAGUUUCAAAGUUGCCCACAACAACUAAAUCUGCGCUUUUAGAAGCCUAUGCAACUUCCAGUUGAAGUAUUCUCGUAAAGCGCACGAAAAAUCUGCCUUUCGCGUCUUUACAAUGCUAUUUAGUACAGAAUAUUGAUAACUGCUGAUUAAUACUCAGUGAAUCGUAAGCAAAUGUUCAUUGAGUCAACUUUCCAUACUUCGCAGCAUAGCAGUUGAAAGAGUACAAACCAGAGUAGUCCAAAAAACGGGUGGUGGAGAAUCAAAUAGACAGCUUGUUUGGAUGUGCGUUUACCACCUAAUUCAACAAAGUUCGCUGUCUCACUAGUUUAUUUGUUGUCUCUACACAAUGUUAUACAACUUUACCCGGCAUUAUUUACGUAGCGGUUAAAGGAAAUAUAACCAAUGCUUUAAAGGGAUUCUUAAUCUAAUAUAGACAAUCUACAUACUUUUUGUAGGUCAUUUCAGUCCCAAAGUAAUGCCAAUCUAAAUGCUCCGUAUACUCGCUCUUUGAUUUUACAUGUUCUUAAACUCCGAGCGAAUUCAUAUUAGUGCUGCGAUUUAUUUACUCUUGGAUAUUGAGAAGGGUUCCACAAUAAGUAUGUCAAUGAAUGUGUAUUCCUUCCUAAACGCGGCUAGCGUCAAUGCAUCAUUAUCCACUAAAAGGGAAUAAAAGCCAUACAGAGCAUUCUCUUAUUUAAAAGUUUGAAUUUCAUCACAACCAAACAAGAACUUGUUAUUUGUUUACUAAGCUGAGGAGAGCUGGUUAUGUGGCUGAUUUCUAAGCAGAGUUACCUCUAGAGACGCUAUAUCCAAAGAUCUCUAGAAUUCAGGUAUCAGGAUCUGAUACUUUUUCGCCUCAAAACUCAUUCAGGUUGUCGGUGGAUAAUAAGACUCUACAAUGAGUAGUUACAGCUUAGUUAAACUGUUUCUCAUGGCAUCGCGCAAAUGUUUUAGCAAUAGUUUUGUUAAUAAUCAAAUUUUCAUUCUACUCUGGCAAGUAUAAAGAGUUGUGUGCUAAUGCUUGUCUUCCCUACCUUUCCACUUUUUUGUCUUUCUCCACCACUACUUAGACAAUUUUUAAAUCUAACGUAAAGUCGCCCCCGCUCAUAAUCGUCCUUAAGGCUAGACAGAAUAACUUAACUCAGUAAACUUUAGCAUCUCAGUCUUCUGGUUAAAUUUACAGUAACAGUUCUCAGUGUCUUUUUGUGUGAAUGAGGAGAGUAAAAGUGUAUUGGUCUCGAUUAUUAUAGGAAUAGUUUUGAAUUUGUUGCAAACAUUAGUACAUCUAAACCUUGUCAUACGACAAACACCUCUAUGUUUUUCUUAAUAAGGCAGGUUUGUUUGUAUUUCAUCUGUUUAGUACAACCAUUUCUUUUAAUUAAUAACAUUAAGAAUGUGAUCACUGUCCGACACAUACAUCGCGUACUUGUGUUUAUACAGUAUACAUGUAUCUAGUUCAUUUUACGAAGAACUGAUGGUCCAUUAUUAGCUCGUUACUAGUUUCUCUCGUGCAUUGACCUUCAAUGUCUCUUCAUACUGAACUGUAUCUUUCUUUCGUUCUAUUUUCAGCGCGCUUGAUCCUUUCUCACAAUCCCUUGUUUUUGGAGUAGACUCAACAAAGUCUGUCAACUCUCCAAAUCUCUUGUUCCCAUUUGAUGUAUGUCUUUGAGUCCAUAUGAAAAAUAAAACAAUUUAUCAUAU